CUUUGACAGCAAUUUGUAUGAAUGGUUGAGUUUUCGGUUGAGAUGGAGGACGGUUAGACGCCUUCCUUCCUUUCCGCCAUUUUCCGCAACAAUUUGAAGUUGGGAAGAUUGCGAAUGAGUCUGCAUGGAUUAAUCGAGCAAUGAGUGAAGUAGGAUGGCGUUCGUCAUGGCUGUGGAGCCCAAAGGAGAGGAAGUGCCUCUCCCUCCUCCAAAUGAGAACUCACAGCAGAGCUACCCUUCUCCAAAUCCAUGCAUUCAUGCUCCGUCAUGCCCUUGAAGCUAAUCUCAACCUCAUCACGAAGCUGAUCACGGCCCUCUCCUCGGUAGAUCCGUAUUGCGGUACCCGACACGCGCGCCGGCUGUUCGAUAAAAUGCCGCAGAGGUCUGAUGUUUUCCUGUGCAAUACCAUGAUGAAGUCCCACCUGUAUUCCCGCGAUUUUUCGGAGGCCGUGGGUUUGUAUGUUUGUUUGCGGAGGAACGAAGGGUUUGUGCCGGAUAAUUACACUUUUUCCACACUGGCCAAGUGCUGCGGCUUGAAUUGUGCAAUUUGGGAAGGAAUGGAAGUGCAUGCUCAUGUGGUGAGGUAUGGGUUUAAGUCUAGUUUGUAUGUGGCGACGGCGCUGGUAGACAUGUAUGGGAAGCUGGGGCAGAUGGGUGUUGCGAGAAAAUUGUUUGAUGAAAUGACUGAGAGGAGUUCCGUGUCGUGGACUGCACUGAUUACUGGGUAUAUCAGGGGUAGAGAUAUGGAUACCGCGACAGUCCUUUUUGAUAUGAUGCCUGAGAAUGAGAGAGAUGCAGCUGCAUUUAAUGUGAUGAUUGAUGGGUACGUAAAGUUAGGUGAGAUGGGGUUGGCUAAGAAGUUGUUUGACGCAACGCCCGAGAAAAAUGUGGUUUCUUGGACAACUAUGAUCGAUGGUUACUGUAGCAAUGGUGAUGUAGAAGAAGCUAGGUUGUUGUUUGAUACAAUGCCCAAUAGGAAUCUGUACUCAUGGAAUGCAAUGAUUGGUGGAUAUUGUCAGAAUAAGCAAGCCAAUGAGACGUUAGUGUUAUUCCAGGAAUUGCUAGCAGAGAAAAUGUUUGAGCCAGAUGAUGUUACAGUUGUUAGUGUUCUUCCAGCUAUUGCAGAUUUAGGUGCUCUGGAUUUAGGGAAUUGGGUAUAUGAAUUUGUCAAGAGGAAUAAGUUGGACAGGUCUGCAAAUGUUUCAACAGCACUGGUUGAUAUGUAUGCUAAAUGUGGGGAGAUUGAGAAAGCAAGAAGAGUUUUUGAUGACGUGCAAGGAAGAGAGACCUGUACAUGGAAUGCUUUGAUUAAUGGUCUGGCACUCAAUGGGUGUGCUAAGGAGGCAUUAGAAGUGUUUAUGGAGAUGAGGAGAAAGGGGUUUAAGCCCGACGAAAUCACCAUGCUUGGUGUCCUGUCAGCUUGUAACCACGGUGGUUUAGUGGAGGAAGGGAAAAGAUGGUUCAGUAAAAUGGGGGAAUUUGGGUUUACUCCUAAAAUUGAGCAUUAUGGUUGCUUAGUCGACCUCUUGGGUAGGGCGGGAUGUCUGGAGGAAGCUGAAAGGUUGAUUGAAGGCAUGCCUUAUGAGGCUAAUGGCAUCAUAUUGAGUUCUUUGCUGUUUGCUUGUGGUUAUGCUAAGGACCUUACUAGGGCAGAGAAGGUGGUGAAGAAGGCAAUUACUCUGGAGCCAGGUAAUGAUGGUAAUUACAUCAUGUUGAGGAACUUGUAUGCAGCUGAGAGAAGAUGGAGAGAUGUGGAACAAAUCAAACGGUUGAUGCUAACCAGAGGGGCUAAGAAAGAGGUGGGCUGCAGUGCCAUUGAGGUCAAUGGCCAGGUGUUGGAGUUUGUGGCUGGGGAUAACCUGCACCCACAUUUGAAGGCAUUGCAUUUGGUCUUGGAUCAAUUACGGAUGCACAUGAAGGUGAAGAACUCACUCCCCAGUGAAGAUUGUAAAGCAGGUGAAGCUUAAUGGGAAAGAUCCUGAAUUUUGUGAAGUGAAUUAAGAUACUGAUGCUGGCCAGAGGAAAAUGGAGACUAACUGGGGUUAUAGUGCCAAUGAGAAUAGAUAGCACAGUUCAGGGUUUGUGCUAACUUUAGGCUGCAGUCAUAGUGGGGGUGAUGCAUUUGCUCGUAGAAAUGCAGAUGCACGUACUGAGAAUCUGAAUAGAUGUUUGAAACUUUUCUUUCCUCUGACAUAUCCUUUGUUGAUGAUUAACAUGAUAGUCACAGGGAUGAGUGAUAUGCUACUGAUAUGAGUCACAAAGUUAAGUGUUGACCUUGAAGGCUGGAUUUAGAGGCUGUAAUACAGAGCACAUAACAGAUACGGAAAAAAAAUUUUGGGGUGUGGGCGUCGGCAUUUUAGUCUUGUACUAUCUUAAGUUCUUGAUACUUGAAGGUAUUCAAUACGUCCAUGGAGGAUUCGAAAAUAUUGGCAGAACUAUUUAAUUUUUUAUGUGGUAUAUUGGCUGCCAAAUAAAGCCCAUAGCGACUUGAUCCUGAACCUUACUAGUGAUUAUGCAAUUAUGGAGACUAAAGGUUUUCAGACGUGCAGAUCUGAAAUCAGACAGAAUGCCGGAACUGUGCUGUUGUUCCUUGCUUCCUUGUAGACUGAAGUCAAAAGCAAAGCCAGGAAUCAGGUUAUAUAAGUGGACCCCUUCAUCCUCCGGUUGCUGAUUACCUCCACUAAAAGCCACUGCAAAUGUCUGUCCGAGAUUCUUUCUCAAUAUAUUCAUCACGGCAGCCAUGUUUCCAAGAUGAGCGUGUUCAUGAGCUUCAUGGAAGAGAACUCAGUCGUUUCUGACUCAAAAUUGGCAACAGCAGGCAAGUUUUAACAAACGAAUGGCAGUCAAUGUGUGUUUCCAUAGAAUUGAAGAAGAAUGUGAAUCUUAGCAAGUUACAUGACUCCAGCCUCAUAUGUAUCUGGAAUCGCAACAUAGUCCAGCCCCUACAGCAGACAAGAGAGCCGAUGAGUAGACUGUUUUUCCCAGCUGACAUUUGCUUAAGAUCAUCCUUGAUACCUUUUUGUGCCUCUGGCCACAGUAUUGCUCUUAUUGCCACCGAACCAUCUAGGAAUUUUCUUGGUAUUGAUCGUAUUAUGAAUAGACAAGAAAAAAGCAGAAUUUGCUUUA